AUGGAUAAUACUCCAAGUUCAAGAACUUAAAAGCCUUUACUCAUCGGUGUGACCGGAGGCACUGCCAGUGGCAAAACCAGCUUAUGCAAAUAUCUUUUGAACUCAUCACUUUUUUAAUUAACAAUCACCCUUAACUCUAGAUUACAAGAAUUACAGAAAGAAUUGGACUCAACUGCACUUACAUCUCACUUGACUCUUUUUACAAAGGAUUAUCGUAAGUCUAAUUUCCAAAAAUGGUUCAAUUACAUCGAUUUUUAUAUGCCAGAUGAGGAUCAUGAUAAUGCCAAUAAUUACAAUUUCGAUCACCCGAAUGCUCUAGACUUUGAUUGUGCUCAUUAAGUUAUUAAGGACUUGCUUGCUGGUAAUGACUCUAAAGUCCCAAUCUAUGAUUUCACCUCUCAUCAAAGAACUGAAAAUCAAAUGGAAGAUGUUGUCUCAGCCCCUAUAGUUAUAUUCGAAGGAAUUUUAUCUCUCUAUGAUAUUAGAAUUAGAGAUCUUAUGGAUUUAAAGAUCUUUGUUCUGACUGAUGACGACGUGAGACUGGCCAGAAGAUUACUAAGAGAUUGUUCAGAAAGAGGAAGGACCAUAGAUGGAGUUUUGUAUUAGUACAAUAGAUUUGUAAAGAAAUCCUACGAUGAAUAUAUCAAGCCUACUAUGAAAUAUGCUAAUAUCAUUGUGCCCUUCGGCAGUGACAACACCACAGCCAUCGACUUCAUAGUUCAGAAUUUAAGAUCUAAGUUGCAAGAAAAUAUUAACAAGAGAAAGCCUUCUUUCCACAUGCUGAAUAGUUUGAAUAUCUCAGAGGCCUAGAUGAUUGAACAAAGUUUGGAAAAGGAUGAGGAAAUGGUUAAGGUGCAGAAGACUUUAGGGUUUGAGAUUGUGGAUUAUGCCAUUGAGUAUAUAGGAUUUAAAAAGAGCGUGACUUAUUUCGAGGCAGGUAAUCAAGAGAAUUACAAGCUAGAGAUCAUGAUCAGAUAGCUCAUCAACUAUGAAAGUCCAAUGAUUGUGGAAUCCAAAGUGCAGGAUAAGUUCUUCAUAUAAUCUCCUGAGUAUUUCUACUUUCAAGAUGCUCUAGAGCAGGGCAAGAAUAAAGAGAUUGCUUAACAGGAGACUGAGAUAUUCUUGUUCUAUCCUGAACUUCUUUAGAAGCAUGCACUUAAAGAAUUAACUGCUGCCUUAGAUUCCAUACAAAAACUUAGGAAAGAUGACUAUCAAAAUAUAAAAGUUAACGUAGGAGUGUAUUUCUGUUCUAUCUGGAUCCUAUAAGAAUUGAAGAGCCACCCUCUAUUCAAGCAACUCCACAUAUACACUCUCUCACUUAAUGAUAAACUUAGAGAAUACCCAAUGCUUACAGUUAUGGAACAAUAUAGUGAGAAUCAUGCAAUCUGGGAAAAUUAGAAAAAGGAUCACAGAGCCAAACUGUUCGGAGCAGACUUCGCCCCUUCAAAUCAAGAGGUAUAGCUCACUUCUAAGCUCUGUUACAAGUAGUUCUUCGAGAGCAGAGAGAAAAAGACCGUAAUUGAAAAAGUAAAGUAAAAGUGA